AUGAGCACGAGGCCUGACCCAAUCAAUGGGAUUCCCAGAGGUGACGCCCGUAUAAGUAAACCCCGGGUUUACCUCAGCCUGCGCCUUCGCGUGAUCCCACCCAGUGCGGCGCUGUGCGUGGAUGCCGUUGAACUCGGGCAGCCCGCGGACGUCGGGGCCCCAGCCGAAAUCAUCGACGAUGAAGCGCUUCACUCCUGCAGCCUCGGCAGCGUCGAUUAUGGCGACCUGAUGCCCUAUGCCGGACGGGCCCACAACACAAACGGCGGCAUCUUACCCCGCCAGUGCUUUGGUCAGCUCGUCAACCUUGUACGCCGUUCUGAUAACGGGUACUCCGGAUGGAAAGGUCGCCGCAGACUGGACCCGGGUGAUUAUGGUCACGUCAAACCCGGCGCUCAUGAGGGCCGCUGUGAUGGGAGUACCGAAGUUGCCUGA